GCCCCGCCCGGCGGACCCGGCGCGGCCUGCGCGGCGCGGCCUCAGCGCGUGGCGGCCCCGGCCGGCCCGGCCCGGCCCCGGCCCCGGCCCGCAGCGCCGGCCCCGGCGCGACCCACAUGGAGCGCACCUAGGGCGGAUACCCCAGCGACCGGCAGCGAUGCCGUCACCUGGGCAGACCCCGACCACUGAAAGCCCCCCAAGGACGUAGGUGACCCCCAGGGCGCAGAGGCAGGGAAGAGCCUUGAACCGUGAGGGGCCGUUAACUCUAAGAUGUCCUUGAGCAGCGGAGCUUCCGGAGGGAAAGGAAUUGAUGCGAACCCGGUUGAGACGUAUGACAGUGGGGAUGAGUGGGACAUUGGUGUAGGGAAUCUCAUCAUUGACCUGGACGCUGAUUUGGAGAAGGAUCAGCAGAAAUUGGAAAUGUCGGGCUCCAAGGAGGUGGGGCUCCCGGCACCCAACGCAGUGGCAACGCUACCGGAUAACAUCAAGUUUGUGAGCCCAGUGCCAGGCCCACAAGGCAAGGAGGGCAAAUCAAAGUCAAAAAGGAGCAAGACUGGCAAGGACAGUGGGAAGCCGACCCCAGGGUCCUCCCUGUUCACUCCCGGUGAGGGAGCUGGUGGCAAGAAAGAGGUUCAAGGACGCUCUGGGGAUGGUGCGAACUCGGGUGGUUUGGUGCCCGCUGUCACCCCGAAGAGCUCGGAGAAGUCGGCCAAGGCGUCUCGCAGUGUGGCUGGCUCCAAGAAGGAGAAGGAGGGCGGCUCAUCCAAAAGCAAGAAGGAAAGGAGUGAAAGUGCGGGGGCUGCGGCAGAGAAGGAGCCCAGUGUGCUGCAGCCCCUGGCCCUGGCAGUGAGGGUGGGACAGUAUGAUGGGGGCCAGGGGACAGAGCCUGCUGCUGCUGAGCAGCUUGGGAGUAUAGCUAUUGACACGGGAACUGCGCUCAAUCCCUUGGGAGUAAAGUCAGAGCUGGAAGAUGGAGAAAGUGAGUGCCGGCAGCUGAAGAAGGUGAAGUCAGAGAAGAUGGAGUCUCCAGUCUCUACACCCGCAGUGUUGCCCUUGCACCUGCUUGUCCCUGUGGUCAACAGUGACAUCUCGUCGCCGUGUGAGCAGAUCAUGGUGCGCACGCGCUCGGUGGGGGUGAACACCUGCGACGUGGCCCUGGCCACCGAGCCCGAGUGCCUGGGCCCCUGCGAGCCGGGGACCAGCGUCAACCUGGAGGGCAUCGUCUGGCAGGAGACAGAGGACGGGAUGCUGGUGGUCAACGUCACCUGGAGGAACAAGACGUACGUGGGGACGCUGCUGGACUGCACGCAGCAUGACUGGGCACCUCCCCGGUUCUGUGACUCUCCCACCAGCGACCUGGAGAUGCGCAACGGCCGGGGCAGGGGCAAGCGCAUGCGGCCCAACAGCAACACGCCGGUCAACGAGACGGCCGCCGCCUCGGACAGCAAGGGCAGCACCAGCAGCAGCAAGACCCGGGCGGGUGCCAACAGCAAGGGCCGCCGGGGCAGCCAGAACUCCUCGGACCACCGCACCCCGCCCGGUGGCACCACCGAGGACGUGAAGGCCAGUCCCUCCUCCGUCACCAAGCGCAAGAGCAAACCCCUCUCCGACAUGGACCUGAACUCCAGCUCGGAGGACUCCAAGGGCAGCAAGCGCAUCCGCACAAACUCAAUGGGCUCGGCCACGGUGCCGCCCGCCGCCGUCAAGGUGGAGCCGGCUAUCCUGGAGCGCAACUGCCCCUCUCCCAUCCUCAUCGACUGUCCCCACCCCAACUGCAACAAGAAGUACAAGCAUAUCAACGGGCUCAAGUACCACCAGGCCCACGCGCACACGGACGACGACAGCAAGCUGGAGGCGGAUGUGGACAGCGAGUAUGGCGAGGAGCCGUCCCUGCAUGCCGACGUUGGGAGCUGCAACGGUGCUGCCGGGACACAGAAGGGCUCCCUCUCACCCGCUCGCUCGGCCACCCCCAAGGUGCGUUUGAUGGAGCCCCACAGCCCCUCCCCAUCCAGCAAGUUCAGCACCAAGGUCCCCUGCAAGAAGAAGGGCGGGGAAGGGGACACAGACCUGGGUGCUCUGUCCAAUGAUGGCUCUGAAGAUGGUCCUUCGGUGGCCGAUGAGACGAGUAAUGAUGACUUUGACUCUUUGGAGAAGCGAUGCAUUGAUAAGGACAAGUCAAAGAAGGCCUCUGGUGCUAAACAGGAGAAGAUUCCUUCCAAAAGCUUGAAGUCUGCCAGACCCAUUGCACCAGCCAUCCCCCCGCAGCCGAUUUACACCUUCCAGACUGCCACGCUCACCACAGCCAGCCCCGGCUCCUCCGCCGGCCUCACCACAACCGUGGUCCAGACCAUGCCCAACAGCCCCCAGCUCAAACCCAUCCAGCCCAAGCCAACGGUGAUGGGAGAGCCCUUUGCUGUCAACCCUGCCCUCACCCCUUCCAAGGAGAAAAAGAAGAAAGACAAGAAGAAGAAAGACUCCAAAGAGGUGGAAAACCCUUUGACUCCUGGCAAAGCCUGCAGAGCAGAGGAAGGUAAGAGCCCUUUCCGGGGGGAAUCCAGCGAGCUGGGGAUGAAAGGUGAGGGGCUGCUGAAUGGUUCAUCUGACUCCCACCAGAGCCGGCUCGCCAGCAUCAAGGCUGAGGCGGAUAAAAUCUACAGCUUCACCGACAACGCACCCAGUCCCUCCAUCGGCGGGGCCAGCAGGCUGGAGAACACCAACCCAGCCCAGCCCCUGACCCCACUGCACGUUGUCACCCAGAAUGGGGCAGAGGCCAGCUCGGUGAAGACCAACAGCCCGGCCUACUCGGACAUCUCCGACGCUGGGGAAGAUGGUGAGGGCAAACUGGAGAGCGUGAAGGCAAAGGAUCCAGAGCAGCUGGUCAAGGACGGCGCCAAAAAAGCUCUUUUCCCACCACAACCGCAGAGCAAAGAGUCUCCCUUCUACCAAGGCUUUGAAACCUACUAUUCCCCUGGCUACCCCCAGGCUAGCCCAGGACCCCUGAACCCCGGCGGGCAGUCUGCGGCCGAGACACAGACCUUGAAGCUGAAGAAGGACGAGGAGCAGGAGAACCCGGAGGUGAAGGUGAAGAGUGAAGGCUGUGAAGAGAAGAAGGCAGAGCUCGGCAGUGGCUCCAGCCAGCAGCCCUCAGUCAUCCAGCAGCGCCCCAACAUGUACAUGCAGUCCCUGUACUACAACCAGUACGCCUACGUGCCACCCUACGGCUACAGCGAGCAGGGCUACCAUGCCCACCUGCUGAGCACCAACCCUGCCUACCGCCAGCAGUACGAGGAGCAGCAGAAGCAGCGGCAGAGCCUGGAGCAGCAGCAGCAGCGAGGGCUGGAGAAGAAGGCAGAGCUGGGCUUGAAAGAGAGGGAGGCAUCACUCAAAGAGGAAUGGAAGCAGAAGCCACCCAUGCCCCCAACGCUGACCAAAGCCCCGAGCCUCACGGACCUCGUCAAGUCAGGGCUGAGCAAGCCCAAGGAGCAGGGAGGUCCUGAUAUGGCCAAAUCUGUCAUCAUCCCCAAGCUGGAGGACUCGUCCAAGCUGUCCAGCAGCCAGGUCGCCGAGGGGCUGAAGGUGAAGCUGAGUGAGGCUGGUCACCUGGGGAAGGAGACGGCUGAGACGAAAGGUGGCUCUGAGUGUGGCCGGCAAGCGGAGGUGGACCCUGUUCUCUGGUACAGACAGGAAGCUGAGCCCCGGAUGUGGACCUACGUGUACCCAGCAAAGUACUCGGACAUCAAGACAGAGGAUGAGCGGUGGAAAGAGGAGAGGGACCGAAAGCUGAAGGAAGAAAGAAAUCGAAGCAAAGAAGCCUCGUCCAAGGAGGACGGGAAGGAGAGCACCAGCUCCGAGUGCAAGCUGACCCCCACCGAGGAGGCUCGCAUGGUGGGGAAGGACCCCAGGCCCAGUGUCCACGUCCCCGUGUCCUCACCCCUCACGCAGCAUCAGUCCUACAUCCCGUACAUGCACGGCUACUCCUACAGCCAGUCGUAUGACCCCAACCACCCCAGCUACCGUGCCAUGCCCACCGUCAUGAUGCAGAACUACCCAGGAUCAUACCUACCCUCCAGCUAUUCCUUCUCUCCGUAUGGGAGCAAGGCGUCCGGCAGCGAUGACAGUGACAAGUCCCGAGCCAGCCCCAGUGUGAGCUGUAAAUCCAGCUCGGAGUCCAAGGCCCUGGACAUCCUGCAGCAGCAUGCCAGCCACUACAAGAGCAAAUCACCCACGAUAAGUGAGAAGACAUCUCAGGAGCGGGACCGCAGUGGCUGUGGGGUGGUGGGGGGCGGCGGGAGCUGCAGCAGCGUUGGGGGCGCGGGUGCAGGGGAGAGGAGCGGCGACCGGCCCCGCACGUCGCCCUCGCAGCGCCUGCUCUCCACGCAUCACCACCACCACCACCUCGGGUACUCGCUGCUGCCAGCGCAGUACAACCUGCCCUAUGCAACAGGUCUCUCCUCUACAGCCAUCGUUGCCAGCCAGCAAGGCUCCGCUCCCUCGCUAUACCCGCCUCCCCGGAGGUGAGAACGGUAAGGCUCUGCUCCUGCCGCACCUCCACGUGGCCGGGAUGGGCGCUGUCGGGACGCCCUCGAGGGUUUAGGGUGUGCCCGUGGCGCUGGGGCUCACAGGAGCUGAUUUGCCCUUGGGUCGUGGCAGGAUGUGACGCACCGGGAUGCCUGGGCUGUACAAGACGUGUGACUGGCUCACAUGGAGAAGUGCUGGAGACUCCUUUAGACAUCAGUUGAAUGGUGUUAAUUGUACUGCUUGACGUUCCUGCCGUGAUCUGAGGCAGACUCUGUCUUCUCCCCUCGUCGGACACACACAGGCUCCCCACCCCACCCCUUUGGUGAGUGGGUGAGCUGGUACCUGCGGAUGUAUUUAUUCUACUGAGCACCAGCACUCGGGGUGGAGGCAACUCACCUACCUGGUGCAUAUGAAGAGGAAACAGAAGCACUGAGGUUUCUCGAUGAAUUUGGGACCCUGCCGUGUCUCUGUGAGGUGCUGCUUCACGACAGGACUGGGGGCAGGCGGGGACUUGGAACACGGGGCCGAGCCUGCUGUGUGGCCACAGUCUCAGGAAAGGAAAGGACUGGCUCACAGAGCCUUGGCGGGUGUCAGGGGGCUGGUGUGAGCCAGGUGGGUGGGUGGCAGUCUGGCUGGAGGCAGCUGUGGGGCUCUUCCAGUCCCUCAUCUGGUCCUGCACCCCACAGCACCCACAACUCUGUGCCUGUGGGCAGGAGCCUCCAGCAUGUGGCCAAUGGCCAGAGUGGGGCUGGGGAAGCUCUUGGCCCCAGCAAAGCAGCCUCUGCCCUUGGGGGCUGGGGCAGCAGGGUACAGAGCUGGGGGCUCUGUCUGUCACCCCCCAGGCUGCCAGGGCCCCCCAGGCCAUGUACGGUCCAGACCUGCCUGAAGCUCUUGCCUGUGGCUUUUCUUUGGUUUCUGAGCUGCAACUCUGCAAAUCCCGGCCUUUCCUCUGCCCCACUACCAGGGCAAGUGCCCCCAAAACCUGGGGCAGCACAUCCUGCUGUGGGAGCUGUGGCUCCCCUUCUCAUCCACCUUUUGCUUUUAGGGCGGCUUCCCCAGGUCGCAGGCAGGGCGCAGCAAGAAACAAGCACACUUAGGUUCUGCCAGAGGCAAUGGGGCCAUGCUGGUCCCUGCUCCAGCCUCGUGCCAGGGCUGGGGGCACCAGGUCCUGGAGGAAGAAGGUCCACACACCUGGCUGCUCCCCAGCUCCGAGGACAGGGGCUUUCUGGUCCUCUGCCCCAGCCCCAGAGCGGCUGUCCCCAGGCCGACACUCUACCUCGGCUCCGCAGCGGCCGGGCCGCCCCUGCUCUCCCCCUGCCUCUCCGGCUGCCCGGCUGGGGGCCACGGGGGCCAUCGGUCUCAUCGUGUGUGUCCGUGUUGCACCCGGCCCCGAGGGCUGCUGUAAGGGGAUGCUCUGCCUGCUGGGCUCUGUACAUACUGUAAAAAGCAAUUGUUUGAAAGCUGUUGUUUUGGGUUUUGUUUUCUUUCCCCGUUUCUUCCCCUUCCCGCUGUACCCAGUUGGAAAGGAGGCACUGGCUGCUCUCGGCAGCACGGUGGCCCCAGCCUGCUCUUGUUGUUUGACUCAUUUUUCUUCCACUCUUUGUUGUGUUUGGAAGGAGUCGGGGCCACGCGGCGCGGCACACUCCGCAGGGACGGGGUGGGUUGACGGACCCAUCCCACACCCUCACAGAGCCAUGUGAAGCCACGGGACUGGGGAUUAGCAGGGUCAGGGUGCUUUGGAGAGCCCCACAUCCCACCCGUGGAGGAGUGUCUUGCUGGCUGCUCCUACCUCCAGCCUCGGCCGGCCCGGCACAGCUGGGCUCCCAGCACGGCCGGGGCCCACAGCGGCUCCAGCGGCGCACAGGAAGUGCCUGGGGGUGUUGGGGGGUGCCACAGGCUUUGCUGGCGGUCGGAGGGGGUCGGGGGGCUGCUCCCCACCUUCCCAGUUGGGUCCUAGUUGAGUCUCCCUUUAGGUGUUAAAUGAAACAACAGUUUAUGCAGAAUAGGUUUGAGGUUUGACAUUUCCCGGGUUCUCUGGGCCAGCUGUUGCCCUCGGGGCCAUCCCCAGCCCCGGUGUCAGACCGUUGGUGUUUAUAGCUCGUUUCCAUUGGCGUUGCUGUGUUGGGUUUCAUUUCAGUCUUCCUGACUCUGCCCUUCUGUAAAGUGUACAUUAUUACCGAGUUCCUUGUUUUUUUAUAUAUAUAUAUAUAAAUAUAUAUAUAUACAAACUGUACUCUUCUUGCCUUUGUACAUUUAGGCAAGGAGGGAGAAUAAAUCUUUUUAAGAGACAAUCACAAA